GUCCAGAUUAAUGCGUAUUAUUGACUCGUGUUCACAUUACCUCUUCCACGCAGUAAGCGAACGAACAUGUCUCUAGUAAUAAUUUCACUUUUCGUCUUACUGACAGUCUGCAAUGCUGCGGUGCCGUACCAGUUCGACCCUAGAAUCGUAAAUGGUGAAUCUGUGAAGCUAGGUGAAAUUCCAUAUCAGGUAUCUCUCCAAACCAAGGGAUCCGAGUAUCAUUUUUGUGGUGGAUCGGUGCUUAAUGAAAAUUAUGUCCUCACAGCAGCGCACUGCGUCAAUGAGCAAAGCUACCCCAUCGAGGUUGUCGCGGGGACUGUGAGUUUGGAUAGCCGCACGUCGGUACACCAGGUCGAGAAAAUGAUUGUACACGCAGGAUACAAUUCCAGAGAUUCCUGGGUGAACGACAUAGCCUUGAUAAAGUUGAAAACUCCGUUCGUGAUGAGUCGAACCGUGGCCCCUGUUUCCCUGCCAAAAGUAAACGAAGUCAUCCCAAAUAACACACCAGCUGUCGUAUCGGGAUGGGGUGAUAUCCACCUGGGCGGGCCAGGCACCAAACAACUUUUGAAGGCUAAACUCUACAUAGCUGAUCAAGCUAAAUGCAAAAGUACUUACGGAGUCUUAGGCAAAACCGUUCGACCCACUCAAGUCUGUGCCAAUGAUCCAUCAGUCGAGAAAGGAUCGUGCAACGGUGACUCUGGUGGUCCUCUAACCGUUAAUGGAAAAAUUGUUGGAAUUGUGUCUUGGUCAAUGGCGUGUGCACUCACCGACUAUCCUACAGUCUACACUCGUGUCUCAUCUUACUUGGACUGGAUCAAACAGACUGCAGUUUAAUUCAAAACACUUUGUAUAAACCACUUCUUACAAAAAAUUACUUUUACACAAUCUAAAAAAAAAAAUUGCAAUUUCAUAUCGAAAAGAGAGACAGAGAACAGUUCUUCGUAAAAUAUUUCCAUUGGCAUGCAUUUUACAAAAGCACGAUUUAAAUUCACGUUACACUCGACGAAAAUAAAUACGUUUCGAUGCGACUGGUUAUGAAUGCGAGAAAACGUGCUUUGUAUUUUCACUCGUCGAUUCGACGAUAUCGACAAUUUUUUUUUCAAAUUCUUUGAAAACCUAAGUACAGGUACUGCAAGUCCGAAUAAUCGAGCAUUUCAUUCAUUUUGCUGUGCAAUUGCUUCACUUUAGUAUGCAAGGGCUGCGAAAUUAAUUUGUAAAUACUAAAUAUAGUCGAGUAAUUUUAACGCGUGACGAACGCAGUGGAUUUAACCAAAAAUUUCGACGGACUUUUAAAUCGAAUUGUACACUUGCGAUUGGUUUGUUUUUAAUAUUCGACUGUAUGUACGUUACCAUUGCAUAAUGGUCCUUUGAACAAAAGUUAAAAAAAUAAACGUCAGCUGUCAAAAUUGUUCAAAUAAUAAAUACAAUUCAUAUUCUCUUAAAUUUAAUUUGGAAAAUCAGGCUUCUAAGGGUUAAUUCUGAGCUGUCCUCUCCUGAGUUUUACGUAACUAUAUUUAAAUUAAAAUUUAACUUAGAUACACAAUGAUUACGCAAUGCACAAUAUUUCCAAGAAGUAAUGGAAUUUUAUAUCAGAAUAAAAUACGUAUAUAAGUUAAAUCAAAAUUUGUACUCUUUCUUCAGAGAUAAAGAUGUAGAAGCUGUACCAGUCUAAGACUUUUCCACGGUAUCGUAGGUUAACAAUGGAACCAAGAACUUGAGACAACUGUGAAACACUGUGUACAAGUGGAAUAGUUCAUCCGUAACGUGCAACCAUUUCUCGUCGGUACCAUUACCCUUGACAAAAAUGCAGUUUUUUUUUCUGUUUCGUGGAAUAGCUGCCGCGGAACGAGAGAUAGCCGAAAAAGGUUGAAACAAACGUUGCGUGUGUUUCUCGUAUCUACAAAACAGCAUACGAAUAAUGAAACCCGCUACUGGCAA